UCCAGAGGUCCAUUUCUCCAAAUAGACACCAGGAUCGUUACUGUAACGGAUUUGGGUCUUAGUAUGUAGAUUACUUUGAAAUUGUGGUGUGAGCUUCAGCCUACACAACAUGGAAAAAGCGAUGUAAGAACUUCUGGAAUAUUUUGCCACUUAUCGUUUAUUUGUGGCCGUAUUUCCCAAACCAUGGUGAAGGAAAAGCCAAAUUCUGUUAGGACAUACGAUGAAGAUGGAUUUAAAAGGAGAGCAGCGUGCCUGUGCUUUAAAGAUGAAACGGAACAAGAGUUAAUGCUUAUCACAAGUAGCAAAGAGCCAGAGAGAUGGAUUGUCCCAGGUGGUGGAAUUGAGCCCACAGAAGACUCACUAUUCGCUGCCCAAAGAGAGGCUCUUGAAGAGGCGGGUGUAAAAGGAGUUGUCAGCAGAGAACUUGGAGUAUUUGAGAAUUGUGACAGGAAGACUCGGACACAUGUAUUUGUGUUGAUAGUGACAGAGGCAGUCGAGGAUUGGGAGGAGGCCAUCAGUAUGGGGCGACAAAGAAAAUGGUUCAGUUUUGCAGAUGCUAAGGCCCAACUAGCUUUACACAAACCAGUACAGACUUCUUACUUAGACUUAGUUAACGGUAAAAUCAAUGGAAAAAAGGAUGGGGUAGGGUGACAUGAACCAUAUAUCACAACCAUUGCUACAUAACUAUGAUAUGUUCAUCCUACAUAUGUCUUCAACUGGAGGAGGAAACGAACAUGAGGUCAUACCUAGAUCAACCACUAGAAUUUACAUGUGCUAGGAAAUCAGGAAAUCUAUAUACCUACAAUUGUAUGGUUUUAAUACACCACAGCUUCAGUGAAAUGUAUACCACUCAAGGAUGCAGAACAUGACGUAGAUACAUCCAAGAUUGAUUCAUCAUAUACCUAUUCUUAGCUUUAACUGAAAUCUCAGAAUAUUUAUUCAAACUCCCCCUCAAGGGAUUGUUGUCUGUACCAAGGAUUAAGAUCAAUUUUUCUUUUUCUUGUGUUUAUUUCACAUCUACAGUUAAAUAGGUCAUGAUGACAAGUGAUUUAUUGUUUCCUAUAUCCAGUUGAUGUAAUCAGAAUUUCUGGGUUGUUGAGGCCAGGAAAAUUAGAUCUAGUGUUUAACAUGUCCUGUAUCUCUUUUAAGCUACGCAUUGUGCAUCUUAUUCUAGCAGUUUCAUAUUUAGUACAUAUAAUGACAGUAUUAUUUUCACAUUUUAAUGAUAUAAAAAAGGAAAACAUUGGGCUGUCAUCCCUCUACAGAAAGAAAAUGCUUAACAUAGAUUUAAAAUACCUUAGCCUUGACUUGGAAAACAAGUGGUCACCCAGUAAGGUCAGUGUCUGAUGAUUACCUGAACUUACAAUACCUGAACAGAGAAACUUGGUAACACAUG